AUGAUGGAAUAACUAAAUAUAUUAAUAUUUUAGUUAAAUAGUAGUAGAUUUCAAUUAAGUCUGGCUCUGGUAAUUAGAGUCCUAAUAUUCAUGAUGAGAAAAUUAAAAUGUUAUCCGAAUAAAGAAUCCUUUAAUUUGAACAGAAUUAUUGACUUAAUACCUGAUUCUAUAAGAUAAACUAGAAACAAUAAAAAAAUAGAGCCAUUCUCCUAACCAAAAUCUAAUGAUUAUAAAUUGAAAUAAGUCAUGUCAGUUGUUGAAAAUAUUUCUAAUACAAAAAAGAUUUCUCUCUUUUGCAUCAUUAUUUGA